AUGGCAAAAAUGAAAGAUAAUUGUCAUGUUCUUCUUGUAACUUUCCCAUCCCAAGGCCAAAUUAAUCCAUCUCUUCAAUUUGCCAAGUGUUUAAUCAAACUUGGAGUAAAUGUCACCUUCUCCACAAGUUUAUCAGCACAAAACUGCAUGUUAAAUAAUCUUCCCUCUAUUGAAGGCUUAACUUUUGCUCCAUUUUCUGAUGGCUAUGACAAUGGCUACCCCAACGUUGGCAAAUCCCUCGAUGAGUAUCGAGAGUUCUAUGCCUCCUUCAUUGCUCUUGGGUCCGAGUUUGUGUCCCGAAUCUUUACUGACAGGGCGAAGGAGGGGCGCCCAUUUUCGCGUAUUAUCUACACGACCGUGCUCUCUUGGGUUGGCAUAGUGGCAAAAAGGCUUAAUGCUCCAGCCACACUUCUAUGGAUUCAACCAGCCACACUUUUAGACAUCUACUACUAUUACUUCACUAGUUACAAAGAUGCAUUCAAGAAUUGUCCUGAUGAUGAGGACAAAUCACUUGAAAUUCCUGGGCUUCCAUUUCUUGUAGGUACUCGUGAGAUUCCAUCAUUUUUGCUAUCGAGUGAUGGACUUAUGGACUGGCUAAUUCAAACUAUGAAAGAGCAUGUUGAGUUAAUAAAUAGUGAAAGUAAUGAAAUAGUACUUGUGAACACUUUUGAUGCUUUGGAAUUUGAGGCAUUGAGGGCUAUAAAGAAUGUGAAUAUGGUAGGAAUUGGCCCUUUGGUUCCUUCAUCUUUUCUUGAUGGAAAGAAUCCUUCUGAUACUUGUUAUGGAUGCAAUUUGCGACAAUGUUCAAAAGAUUACAUGGAGUGGUUGAAUUCAAAGCCUAGUGCAUCUGUAGUUUAUGUAGCAUUUGGUAGUUACUCUGAGUUACCAAAACAAAUGAUGGAAGAGAUUGCUAAAGGAUUGGUACAAAGUGAAAGGCCAUUUUUGUGGGUAGUUAAUGGAGAAAAACCACUAGAAAAUUUGAGUUGUAAAGAUGAACUUGAAAAGCAAGGCAAAAUAGUGUCUUGGUGUUCUCAAGUAGAGGUUUUACAACACCCUUCUUUAGGUUGUUUCUUGAUGCACUGCGGAUGGAAUUCGACUCUAGAAAGCUUAGUUUUUGGGAUUCCUGUCGUGGCGUGUCCGCUUUGGACCGAUCAAGGUUGCAAUUCUACGCUUAUUCAAGAUGUUUGGAAGACUGGCGUGAGAGUGAAUGCGAAUGAAGAAGGCGUUGUUGAAGGGGCCGAGUUCAAGAGGUGCAUAGAAAUUGUGAUGGAGGAUAGAAAGGAAGGAGAGGAAUUGAGAAAAAACGCAAAGAAAUGGAGGGACAUAGCUAAAAAUACUAUGAAGGAAGAUGGUUCAUCUAAUGUGAAUCUAAAGGCUUAUGUUGAUGAGGUUCUUAAGCCAUGCAUAAGGGAUUAUGAGAGAUGCAUAAAUUCUUAA